CUUCCUCAUAAGUCAUAAGCUGUCACACAAAGAUCCUUAGUUCCUUGUGCUUUCUUUCUCUCCCAAAGAUAGUUGAACAACGAUGGGUAAAGUAAAAGGAAAGCACAGACUCGACAAGUUCUAUCACUUAGCAAAAGAACAAGGUUAUAGGUCACGAGCAGCAUUCAAGCUAAUUCAACUAGACUCAAAAUUCUCUCUCCUCCAUGCAUCUCGUUCAGUACUCGACCUGUGCGCCGCACCAGGUGGUUGGAUGCAAGUAGCCGUAAAUCGGGUCCCCGUUGGUUCUCUUGUUAUCGGUGUUGAUCUCUUCCCUAUUCGCCCCAUUCGAGGUUGCAUCACUAUUGAAGAAGAUAUUACUAAGCCUAAAUGUCGCUCAACUAUCAAGAAAUUACUAUCAGAAAAUGGGUUUAAAGCUUUUGAUCUUGUACUUCAUGAUGGUUCACCUAAUGUUGGUGGUGCUUGGGCUCAGGAAGCUACUAGUCAGAAUGCUUUGGUUAUUGAUUCUGUUAAGCUUGCUACUGAGUUCUUGGCUCCUAAGGGCACUUUUCUCACCAAGGUCUUCAGAUCACAAGAUUAUAGUGCUGUGCUCUACUGUCUUAGGCAGUUAUUUGAAAAGGUGGAGGUAACUAAACCUGUUGCCAGUCGUUCAACAUCUGCAGAAAUUUAUGUUAUAGGUCUUAGAUACAAGGCGCCUGCAAAAAUUGAUCCUCGCCUUCUGGAUUUCAAGCAUCUGUUUCAGGGUGCUAUUGAACCACCAAAGGUGAUUGAUGUCCUGGAAGGUGGAAUCAAGCAAAAAAGACAACGUGAUGGGUAUGAAGAUGGAGUAGUUCUAGUGAGAAAGGUCUGUCCUGCUGCUGAUUUUGUUUGGUCAUCAGAUGAUCCUGUUAAGACUCUUGGCAAAGUAACUUCCAUCAGCUUUGAUGAUCCGUCCAGCUUGCCUUUGAAGGAUCAUCCUUUAACAACAGAGGAGAUUAUAAUUUUAUGUGAAGACCUGCGUGCUGGUAAGCAAGACUUCAAGCAGCUUUUGAAGUGGAGGAUAAAUAUACGGAAGGCUCUUUCUUCAACACAUAAAACCAGUUCUACUAGCCUAAACACUGAUAAGGUGAAUGAGAAUGCUGCUAAAGAUGAGGAUGCGGAUGCGGAUGUGGAUGAUGAUGAGGAUGAGAAACUUCUCAAUGAAAUGGAGGAUUUAACACAUGCUGUAGAGAGAAAAAAGAAACGUGAAAAGAAACUUCUUGCAAAGAGACGGGCCAAGGAUAAAGCACGGAAGGGAACAGGAAUGCAGAUAGAUGCCCUAGAAGACGGUUAUGUCGACAAUGAAUUGUUUGCUCUUGCUUCCAUCAAGGGCAAGGAGGAUCUUGCAACUGUUGAUACCACAGAAGACAUUGAAGUUGAUGAUUUGGCUGGUAGUGAUGAUGAUGCAGACAAUGAGGCUGCUGAGGAUAGUGAAUCUAAUGACUUGGACUCUGAUGAGGAGCGUACAAGGUAUGAUGAGAAGCUAGAUAAGAUUCUUGAUGAAGCUUAUGAACGUUUUGUUGCCAAGAAAGAUGGAAGCACAAAGCAGAGGAAGCGUGCCAAGGAAGCCUACUCUGAUGUGCUCUUGGCGGGUAGUGGUGAUGAUGAAAAUGACGUAGAUCUGCCAGACUAUGAUUCAGACAUGGACCAGGGUGUCAAGGAAGCUAAUCCUCUUGUUGUUCCUAUCCACGAAGAUAGAGAACCAACCCAAGAAGAAGUUAAGCAGCUGUGGUUUAGUCAAGACAUUUUCACUGAAACUGUAGAGGGAGACCUCGACAAGGAUAUUAGUGAUGAUGACUUGGUAGGUGUACGACAACAGAAAAUUGCCCUCCCAAAAAUAACUAAAGAAAGCUCAAAGCCACAUUCUUUGGGCGCAGACAUUUCUCAAAAGAGACUAGCAAAGAUGCAAGACGAGUUGGAGGUUGUGCCUGCUCCUGUUACUGAUUCUAGUGAGAGCUCGGAUGAUGAGUCUGAGGAGGAAUAUGAUACUGACACAAAGUGCGAGGUGUUAGCCGUUGCUAAGAAAAUGUUGAGGAAAAGAAAAAGAGAUGAGAUCAUAGAUGAUGGUUACAACAAACGCACAUUUGAUGAUCUGGACGGGUUGCCUAAAUGGUUUCUUGAAGAUGAGAUGAGACAUAACCAACCAUUGAAGCCAGUCACCAAGGAGGAGAUAGCUGCUGAAAAAGCGCGAUUUAAAGAGAUAAAUGCGCGCCCUGCCAAAAAGGUUGUGCAAGCCAAAGCGAGAAAGAAGAGGGCUGCAAUGAGAAAUUUGGACAAGGUAAGAAAGAAGGCUAACAGCAUCGCCGACCAGAAUGAUAUCCCUGAUCGUUCUAAGAGUCGUAUGAUUGAUACGCUGUACAAGAAAGCAGCAACACCAAGAAAGCCUAAGAAGGAAUUGGUUGUUGCGAAGAAAGGGGUUCAGGUUAGGGCGGGUAAAGGUAAACUUCUUGUAGAUAGGAGAAUGAAGAGUGACUCGAGGCAAUAUGGAAUGAACAAGGACAAGAAGGGCAAGGGGAAGGGCAAGGCCAAAGGCAAGGGCAAGGGCAAGGGUCCCGGCUCCGCAAAAGGAUCGGGUAAGAAGGCCGGUAAGGGUAAAAUGUGAGCUUAGGGAGGCUUGUGGAAAAAUGUUUCCAAGCUUUUGGCAAUUUUGACUUGUUCUGAACUUUUGGAUUGUUAAAAUAUUUGGUUUGAAUAGAGCCGAUAAGUAAUAUAAUGCUGUUGCAUUCUUUUUGAAUUUGGUGUUUUGACAUUUUUAAAUGCUUACAAGAAUCACAUUUUAGAUAUUUUGAGGAAUUUUAUGAUGUACUUUGGAAAUGUAAUUUUUUAAAAAGAAUAUUUAUACUAGUAAAAACUCAUGUAAGACUGA